AUGGACAUGGAGAUCGAUCUUCCGAAACCCGAAACUGGUGAAAACCAAAUCAAGGACCAUGUCUUCAGAGCGGCUAGCUCUGGCGAUGCGUUGACAUUCAGACCUCUCUCCCAGGCGCAGCUCACGAAAGCUUUCUCAUUGAGGAAUGAAGACGGUCGGUCCCUUCUUCACGUCGCCUGCUUUUCCGCUCGCUCGGAGGUUUAUCUUUCUCUCUUGGAGUCAACAGAAAUUGUGGAGACUUUGCUAAGUAGAGGAGCGGAAGUUAAUUUGAAAAAUAAUGGUGGUCGCACUGCUCUUCACUAUGCUGCCAGCAAGGGGCGGUUUAAAACUGCUGAAAGUUUGAUUUCACAUGGUGUAAAGAUUAAUUCGAAGGACAAGGUUGGGUGCACCCCAUUGCAUCGGGCAGCAAGCACAGGGAAUGCAAAAUUGUGUGAACUUCUAAUUGAGGAGGGAGCAGAGGUUGAUGCUGUUGAUAAAGCAUGUCAAACGCCUCUAAUGAAUGCAGUGAUUUGCCUGAAUGAAGAGAUAAAUCAUUUUAUAGGAUUUCUUAAGAGAUGAAUCUUUAAAUUAUACAUUGGAUAUUCAUCCAAUAAAAUUUAUAUACGUUUCUUUAAGACCAUUUUAAGGUGCAACUUGUUCUUUUACUUGUGGUUGGUAUGAUGCUUCUCCAGUACUAGUAGUGCUGCUGUUGCCUGAAUAUAUGGGGGUUUCCUAUUUGGGGUUUAUGAUAUUGAUGUAAAUCAACUGAAAGAAGAUUUGGAAAAUAAUUUAAUUUGGU